UCUGCUCCUAGAGACACUUUAUGGUUCCACUGUGCAUGUGUGAAACUGUACCGGUAGGGCUCGCCGUCCAUAUUUGUGUGUUUUUAAAUGUGUGCAGGCAGCUUUGCGUGUUGGUGCUUAUGAGUAAAUUGUAGUUACUCAUUUCUAUAAUUGCAGAUGAAUGACAAAUAAAAAAUCUUGAUAAGGUAAAUCUCCUUGCUGCGAGUUCAACUGUUAAACUCCUUAAAGUAAAUAACCAAAAUAUACAAACAAUAUUUGCAAUGACCAAUAACCAAUAUGAAGCAAAUAGAUAAUAUUAUUAUAUAAUUAUAAUAAUAUUUCAUUCAUAUUAAUUCAAUAUUUCAUUUAUCUUGAUUAAUAAAUCAAUCCUGACAUUUAAAACUGAAGGCUCUACCUGUACAAAUGCACACAGUCAACAUGCAGACCUGCAAUAACUUUGCAACUUGAACAUAUCACUCGCUUAUAUUUAGUUAUUGUUUGGUGUCAAUUUAGAAAUAAACUUAAGAAACCUUUGAAACAGUUUAGUCUAGAAUGUGUUUUAAUUUUCCAAAGAGAUUUGAGAGACAAAACAUUUUUACAUUUUACACUUGACAAACAAUCCAGGUUAAUAUGAAAUAUUGUUAACACAUAUCUAUCACAAUGACUUGUAGAUUGGGAACCAACAUUAAAAAAAAAUCUAGAAUAGCGGAAUUAAAGUUUUACAGUCAGUUCUAUCAUCUAUUAAUAUGUGUUUGUGGCAGCUUCCACGACACACCCAGCUGCUGCGGUUCACUGAUAACCCUUCACUGGUUAUCACUGUUCGCCCCCUCACGCGUCACACACAUUUUGUACUGCUCUGAUGAAACAAUUCACACAGCCACAUCCUCCCGAUGUGAGAUCAAUACUGCACACAGGCGUUUUUUGUUCCUCAGGUGGGUCCAGCUUCCAGAGUCCAUCCUUUGGUUCACAACCUCAGUCUGUGACACAGGGAAUUGCUGAGAUAACACCGAGCCGUUUAAUGUUUAGCCCAAGAUUCACACAAACACACACACACAUACACACACACACACACAGACAUAAGGAAGCAGAGGGAUUACAAAGGCACAGGGACCCAUAUGCUGCCCGGGGAUGGAAGCGAGAAAGCUAAAUAUGAAGGGAACGCAAGGUAGAAAUGACCAAGGGACUGGUGUUGAUGACAGAGCCCCUGCAGCACGGAGUCGUCCUCUCACUACCGUAGAGCGUCUCUACGUGUACGCAUUGCAUGGCUGCCUCUGUGAGGUGGCCUUCACUGCCGUGUGUGACUGGUGCAGCACCCGGGACAUGAGGCUGACAGGCCACAGCAGCCUGUGGGCGCUGCCCAUGUACGCCAUCGCCAUCUACCUCAUCGAGGUCCUGAGAGCCCGGUUGCUGGUUCGCCGUCACCCGCUGCCGGUGCGUCUGGUGGCCUACACAGUGUUCAUCUACCUGUGGGAGUUCAGUUGGGGGGCAGGGCUGAGUUUGUUGGGGGCCUGUCCCUGGGACUACUCAGGUUACCGCUACAACCUGGCAGGACUGGUGACUCUGGAGUAUGCAGUGCCCUGGACUUUGGCAGCAUUCAUAGCUGAGCAGCAUGUGAUCGAGAACACUCUGAGGAUAAGAUUGCACAACUGAACUGAUACCAUUCUGUAAAACUGCGCUUCCAAAAGUAUCUACAAAGCAUUCAUGGAGAUUAUUUUUGACAUGUUGAAGUGUAAAAAGUUGGUGCCAGUAAAUUGUGCCAGUAAAUAACUUUUUAAAAAUCAA